CUGUUGGGACUGCAUGAGAGAAUAAGGGCAGGAUCAGGACCUACAGAGGGAGUACCAACUGUCAGGACAUGGAUCUUAGAGGGAUGUCAUCUUUCCACAAGAUGGUUCAUUUCUUGCUCCUCGCUAAGUUCCUUCUGCCUUCUGGCACAUUGAGUAUACCCAAUUUCAUCAAGUCCCCAGAUGAUCAGACAGGGAUUUAUGGAGGUGUUGCUUCAUUCAUUUGUCAGGCUACAGGCGACCCUAAACCUCUUAUUACCUGGAAGAAAGAAGGGAAGAAAGUCAACUCUCAGCGCUUCGAGGUCAAAGAGUUUGAUGACAAGUCAGGCUCAGUGCUGCGUAUCCAGCCGUUGAAAACCAACCGUGAUGAGGCCAUCUAUGAAUGCACAGCCAGCAACAGUGUUGGAGCAAUCGCUGCACCUGCCAAGCUUAUUGUCUUAGAGGACGACCAGAUACCUGCUGGUUUCCCCAACAUUGACAUGGGACCCCAGCUGAAGGUUGUGGAGCGAACAAAUACAGCUACGAUGCUGUGUGCAGCCAGUGGAAACCCAGACCCUGAGAUUUUCUGGUUUAAAGAUAUGUUGCCUGUGGACAUCAGCAGCAGUAAUGGGAGGAUAAAACAGCUGCGGUCAGAACAACUCGGUGGUACACCAAUAAGAGGAGCACUUCAGAUUGAAAACAGUGAUGAGUCUGACCAGGGCAAGUAUGAGUGUGUAGCUGUGAACAGCGCUGGCACUCGCUUUUCUAGUCCUGCUAACCUUUAUGUUCGAGAUCAGCGAGAAGUCCGGCGUGUGCCUCCCCGUUUUUCCAUCCCACCCACUAAUUGUGAGGUGAUGCCUGCUGGCAGUGUCAACCUGACAUGUGUGGCAGUGGGUUCUCCAAUGCCUUUGGUCAAGUGGAUGAGUGAUGAAGUGGAGCUGACCCAGGAGGAUGAGCUACCCCUUGGCCGUAAUAUCCUGCAGCUUACCAAUAUUCAACAAUCUGCUAACUAUACCUGUGUUGCCAUCUCAACUUUGGGUAGGAUUGAGACCACAGCUCAAGUCUUUGUCAAAGCUCUUCCGAAGAUGCCUACCUUUCUGCAGGUGGUAGAGACCACAGCCACCAGUGUUACUCUAACAUGGAAGUCUGGGAAUGCUGAGCCUGUGUCCUACUAUUUGGUUCAGUACCGUUCUAAAACUUCUGGCAAUGGUUUUCAGGAGAUAGAUGGUGUAGCGUCAACUCGCUACAGCAUUGGCGGUCUUAGCCCCUUCUCUGAAUAUGAAUUCCGUGUCCUUGCCUCUAAUAGUGUUGGGCGGGGGCCUCCAAGCAGAAUUGUGGAAAUCUGUACAGGUGAGCAGGCACCAUCAUCACCACCUCUUCAUGUACGGGCACGAUUAUUGAGCUCCACCACCAUACUGGUGGAGUGGGAAUCUCCUGAGGAGCCAAAUGGUCAACUGCAAGGUUAUCGGAUCUUCUACAGCUCUGAGCCCAGUAAUCCACUCAGCACCUGGCAGAUACACAAUAUCAAUGACAGCAAGUUCACGUCCAUCUCAGGACUAACGCCUACCACCACUUACAGCCUAAGGAUGCUUGGCUUCACAUCUAUGGGAGAUGGGCCACUGUCUGAUGUUCUGCAGUUAAAAACCCAGCAAGGAGGUGAGGGUUUCCCACACUACAACAGAAGGAUCACCAGGAACCCCGGAACCAGCAACAUCAAGACCCGCACCGACUACCGUGAAACCAUAGGUGGCCGCUUGACCUGCGUCGGCGGCACCAUCACCAUUGCCAGCAUUCACCAACUGUUGCCUGGAAAGCCCAGUAUGAUGAUCAGUACAAUGAUGGGGAAUACUGCUAUGAUCCAAUGGCAACCUCCUAAGGAAAUGGUGGGAGAGCAUUUAGGCUACCAACUGCAGUACAAGAGAACAGAUGAGAAAACAUUUACUGUCAAAGAUUUCAGGAAGACAGAUGAUCAUUUUACACUUACCCGCCUCCUUAAAGGGGCUACUUACAUUUUCAAACUAUCUGCUAAAAACCAAGCAGGCACUGGUGAAGAAUAUAUAAAAGAGAUAAGCACCCCUGAAGACAUGCCCAGUAGCUACCCCCAGAAUCUGAGAGUGGUAGGCCUCACCUCCACUUCAACUGUAUUGGUUUGGGAACCUCCUCCUCUGUCAGAGAGGAAUGGAAAGAUUAUAAAGUAUGUAGUGGUAUAUCGGGAUAUUAAUAGCAAGCACAACAGUACCAAUAGUACCACAGAGUCACAAAUGACUAUCCUGGACUUGCAGCCUGACACAACUUAUGACAUCAGAGUCCAAGCUUUCACCAACAAGGGAGGAGGACCUUUCAGCCCCAGCAUUCAAAGCAGAACCACAUCAACAUCUGUGCCAGUGUUUGUCAAAAACUUUGAUGUGAAGGCUGUGAUGAAAACCUCUGUCCUUUUGUCCUGGGAAGUACUAGAAACAUACAAAUAUCAAAUUCAACUCAAGAUUCUGUACAACAACCAAAGGGUAGAAAUUCAAGGUGACCUGAAGAAAAAGCUGAUCACACAGCUACAACCAGAUACAUAUUAUUCUUUUGUGCUGAAGAGCUAUGGGAAUGGAGCUGGUGACCUUCAACAGCAGGUUUCUGUUCGAACCGCUCCAGACCUGCUGUCAGUGAAACCAACUCGAUAUCAGCCAACUGUGGAUGAAGACAGGGUGACUAUUGUUAUGCCUGAGGUCCCAGCUGAAGCCCAUGUAAGGUGGUUCUACAUAGUUGUAGUCUCUGAGACCCUUGUUUCUUUGGAGAGAUGGGAAAACCCUGAAGACAUAGACAUAUAUGAGAUCCUGGAGGCUGAUGCUGACAACACAGGGCAGACACACAGUCAAGAUUUUCUACAGCCCUUCAUUGUUGCCAAGAUGGCUGUUCUGCCAGAGAUCUUCAUGCUUGCCGAUGAAAAGAAAUACAAUGGCUAUUAUAACAGGCCUCUUCCUAUCCUGCAACAGUUCCGUUGCUUUGUUCUGGCAGACCUAAAAGAUCUAGAAUCUGUAAGUAUCCCUUGUAGGACGUUUGUUGCCAGUCCAUUUUCUGACACAUUCGUGGUGAAUGUCAGUGAAGUCACAAGCCAAGCUCAGGAGGACCCAGAGAUGUUGUGGGUGGUUGGUCCAGUGCUGGCUGUCAUUAUCAUUAUUAUCACAGUGAUUGCUAUUUUACUCUUUAAAAGGAAACACACAUCUUCAGCCAAGGAUGAACACAUAUUAGAGAGAAAAGAUUCCCUCAUGACCUGCAUCACUGAGCCUGUGGAGAUGAGAAGACUAAAAUGCCAGACAUUAGGGAUGAGGGACCUUCCUCCCAUACCUGUUUGUGACUUGGCAGACCAUAUAGAGAGACAGAAGGCUAAUGACAGUCUACUCUUUUCACAGGAAUUUCAGACUAUUGAUCCAGAACAGCAGCUCACCUGGGAGCAUUCCAAUCUUGAGAUCAACAGAUCUAAGAACCGCUAUGCAAAUGUUAUUGCUUAUGACCACUCCAGGGUCGUCCUCACACCGGUGAAUGGAGUUCCAGGAAGCAACUACAUUAAUGCCAACUAUAUAGAUGGCUAUAGGAAACAGAAUGCUUAUAUCGCCACACAAGGGCCACUGCCAGAGACAAUUUGUGAUUUCUGGAGGAUGGUGUGGGAGCAGAGGAGCUGCACAAUUGUUAUGAUGACCCGUUUGGAGGAGAAGUCAAGGGUUAAGUGUGACCAAUACUGGCCUAGUCGUGGUACAGAGACAUAUGGAACGAUUCAAGUGACCAUACUGGAAACUUUGGAAUUGGCAACUUAUGUCACAAGAAUAUUCAGCAUUUACAAGAAUGAAUCAUGUGAGAAAAGAGAAGUGCAACAGUUGCAGUUUCUAGCCUGGCCCGAUCAUGGAGUGCCUGAGCAUCCUACCACAGCACUGGCCUUCCUUCAUAGAACUAAGGCAUGUAAUUCACCAGAUGCUGGUCCUAUGGUGGUUCAUUGCAGUGCUGGCGUUGGGCGCACAGGCUGCUUUAUUGCUAUUGAUUCUAUGCUCGAGAGGAUGAAAUACGAAAGGUCUGUCGACAUAUAUGGUUAUGUGACAUGCAUGCGAGCUCAGAGAAACUACAUGGUACAAACAUUGGAUCAAUACAUGUUUAUACAUGAAGCACUUCUGGAAGCUGCAACAUGUGGCAAAACAGAAGUCCCGGCCCGCUGUCUGUACACCCAUCUCCAGAAACUCACUCAAAUUGUUCCCGGAGAGAAUCUUACUGCCAUGGAACAAGAGUUUAAGAAACUGACUUUGAAUGGAAGUCAUAAAACAUCCACUCAGAGAUGCAUCAGCGCCAACCUGCCAUGGAACACAUUCAAGAACCGCCUGGCAAACAUUAUGCCUUUUGAAUCUAACCGUGUCUGUCUGCAACCAAUCAGAGGCAUAGAGGGCUCUGAUUAUAUUAAUGCCAGUUUCAUUGAUGGAUACAGGCACCAGAAAGCAUACAUUGCCACUCAGGGACCACUGGCCCAAACUACUGAGGACUUGUGGAGAAUGUUGUGGGAACACAACUCCACAAUUGUAGUCAUGUUAACCAAACUGCGCGAGAUGGGACGGGAAAAGUGCCAUCAGUACUGGCCAGUGGCGCUUUCUACACGAUAUCAGUACUUUGUUGUUGAUCCAGUGGCUGAGUACAACAUGCCUCAGUACAUACUCAGAGAGUUUAAAGUCACAGACGCCAGAGAUGGUCAGUCAAGGACCAUCAGGCAGUUUCAGUACACUCACUGGCCAGAGCAAGGAGUGCCCAAAACCGUAGAAGACUUCAUCAACUUUAUUGGUCAAGUUCAUAAAACUAAAGAACAGCUUGGACAGGAUGGACCAAUCACUGUACAUUGCAGCGCUGGGGUCGGACGGACUGGAGUAUUCAUCACUUUGAGUAUCGUGUUGGAGAGGCUGAGGUACGAAGGCGUGGUUGACAUCUUUCAGACAGUCAAGAUUCUCCAAACUCAAAGGCCAGCCAUGGUUCAGACAGAGGAGCAGUACCACAUGUGCUACAGGGCAGCUUUGGAGUACCUGGGAAGUUUUGAUGUCUACGCAAUGUAACCUGUCCUAUAAACACACAAAGCAAAAAGCUGGAACCAAAGCCAAAACUAAUUUUUUUGCUUAAUGAAUAAGGAGUCAGUGAGGGGCCAGUGAGGAGAUGACCACUGCAGGAAAAC